GCCCCACACAGGAACCAGGCUCACAUUGUUCAAUAGCCACGGACGUUUCCACAGUGGCUGGGAGGGCCGAGAGCUCUUUCCGCUCUUUGUUACGAAUUUUUUUUUAAUUUUUCCUUCCUUCUUCCAACUUUCCAGUUAAAGAAUAUUGCCAGGGCAUUUCUGAAGUAAUUCAGGCUGAGCUUCAGAGGAAAGAAGAAGAGACAGGUGUAAGUGGGGGGGAAGAAGGCCAGGAUGCUGGUGAAGCUUUUGCUGGUCUGUAGCACGGUGGGACUGGCAAGGCUGGCGGAACACACAGACCAUCAUGGAGAUCGUGAUGGUUCCGUGCACAGCUUCAAGCCACGAGUGCAUGAGAGCUCUGCACAUCCCCAGAGAGCUCCUCUGCCACGCCAAGAAGGUUACUGGGAGACAGAAGGGCUCAGGGAGGAUACUGAAGAUUACCCUUCAAGUGUGAUCUCCUCACAUCAGGAAGAGAAAGGGGAUUUGGAAGCUGAGAGCCCACGGCCCCGAAACGGGAACUGGUGUUCCUUCACGCAGUCCCGCCUGGUCACAUACAUAGAAGCCUGCAUGAAGGAGAAGUACAUUGUCAACUCCCAACAGCCCUGCCCCAAUGGAACCCCAGACUGCCAGAAGAUCAUGUACAGGACAGCCCUGAAGCCAGUCUACCAAGUGAAACAGAAGACUUUGAAGUCUUUGCAGUGGAAAUGCUGCCCUGGAUUUAUUGGCAAGGACUGUGAACAGCGUGAUCCUAAUUUUAUUCUGGUGCCAGGAACUGAAACUGAAGGACAAGAAGAGGAGUUCUCAAACCACAUGUCAACAUCAGUGGAUUCAAGAGAAAUGUUCGAAGUCAUUCAAAAUCAUGAGGCUUUACUGGAUGAUCUUCAAAGUGAUAUUCAUCAAGCAGCCAGCACCUUAGGUGACUUACAGAGACUAUUUGAGAACAACGAUACAAGCAUGGUGUUAGAAGUGAACGAGAGCAAUUCAGAUCACCAGGAAAGGCUUCUGCAGCAAGUUUUGUUUCCUCAUGUGGAGAAUUUUCUAAGGAAACAUUUUAACCCAAUGUGGGCAAGCUUCAACAAAAGUUUACAGAACCUCUCCAACAUAGUAAGAAAUCUGUCCUAUGAUGUAGAAGCCAACAAGAAAAGCAUAGAAAGAUUCCAAGAAAGCACUGUGCCCAAGAAGGAAUUCCAGGAGCUGGGAACUAAAUUUGAAUCAAAAGUCCAAGAGAACAUAGUGAAAGUUGAUGAGGCGAAAAGAGAUGUAGAGAACAAAGUGCACAUGCAGCAGGCUGAUAUUCACCAUAAUCUCAGCAUGCUCAAGGCAGAUACUGACACAAGACUCAAGAAGCUUCAUAAGAUACAGCAGUCCCAUUUCUUAGCAAUGAACAACAGCAUAGCAAACAUGAAACAAGAGCAAAACCUUCUGGAAAAUAAACUGGAAGCUUUGAAAAAAAAUUUAACAGAACUCUCUUUACAUCAUGGCCCCAAAGAUGAAAACAGCCAGUUAACCAUCAGACAUAUGAAUGAAAUGCUGUCAGGACAUGCCAAGCAGCUUAAAGAACUUUACAUGGAGUCAGAUGUGGCCUUUCAAAAUAUUGCAGUUUUAGAGAGGUGGUUUAAGGAGUUAAAGAAGAACAUCUCAAAGUAUAGACCAGAAGAUCUUACAAUAACUUUGGCUGAGAAAUCAGUUAUUAUGGAAGAAAACAAUGCAGCAAUGGAAAGGCAGAUAGCCGAGCUCAACUACACUCUGUCAAACCUUCAGGAAAACUAUUCAGAUCUGCUGCGGUACGUGGAGGAAUGCAAUUGCCAGAGAGUAUCUGCUGACACUGAUGUGCUGGAGGAAGAUCCAAGGAAUAGCACUUAUUCCCUUGCAGAUACCCAGCCAAAGGAUAUGAAGCACUUGGAGUCAGUUUUCAGAGAUUUCUUCAAGAGUGAAAUUGAAGAGCUCUCCUCAGCUAUUCCGUCCAUUCAUCUGUCUCUUAACCUCCGUCAAGAAGAGAACAGACAGCUUCAGUCACAGGUUAUGGCUUUUUCAGAAGACAUGGGCUUGCUGAAGAAGAAAGAUGAAGAAAUUCAUCGACAAAUCAAGUAUCUCAACAGCUCUUUUAGCUCUCUUUUGAAAGAUGCAAUGCGGCACGAAGAAGCACUGGAGGCUCUACUGAGACACGAAUUUCUGGACGUCUUUUUUGAAGAUGAUUUCAGUAGCCUAAUACCAUCAGUAUUUCAGCUGCAAGAAUCUCUCAGACACUUUUCAGAUAAACUACAAGAACAAAAUGUGACUUUAGAAUCUCUUAAGAAGAGAUUUCAUCCCUUGGAGAGAGGUCACCAGAAUCAUCAUGAUGCUCACAUGCCCCCUAAGCACCCUGAGGAGGAAACACAAACCUCCUCUACUCUACACGAAGCCAGCAGCCAACGCAGCGUCAGAGAACACAUGGAACCCAACUAUGAGGCUGCCAAAGAUGACUCCUUGGAGAGCUCAGCUUACAAUGAUAUCAUGACUCUGAAGAAUGAUAUCAAACAUCUGAGCCUGGCAGUCAAGAGGCACGAAUCCAGAGGUGACAUAAGUCUCUGCUGCAAUCAUACAAUAGCAAAUGCAAUUGAGCCACUCAACAUUUCUGUAGAAAAUAUCUCUGCAGAUUUAGCAACCAUCAAGCAGAAUCUGGAGGAACAUCUGGUGACUUUCAAAAAACUAUUUGGAAGUAAUGAAGAAUUAGGUGCCUCUAAUAUAAGUCUGGAUGUUACAAAGAUUCAGUCAAUGCUGCAGAAAAAAGGGAGAAGGCAACAGAAAGGUCAAGACAAGCAAAGAGACAAGAAAAGAUCUGAGAAGCACAGAGAAAAUACACAAGCAAUAAGUGGAAGAAAUACAGUGCAGACAGAAUUUGUGGAAAAAGACUCAUUGGUGGCAUUCCACGUGGGAUUCUCAGAAAGAAAGGAUAAAGAAAAAACUGUGAGGUUUAAUGAAACGUACCUCAAUUAUGGAAACAGCUAUUUCUCUGAACAUGGCCACUUCAAAGCACCACACAAAGGUGUCUACCUGUUAUUCAUCUCUGUGGAGUUCAGCUCAGGACCAGCACUGGGACAACUCUCCUUCAGCCGUGGGUACAAAAGAACUCUCUCAAGCAGUCAGAGGAAAACCCCACAUGGAAACACCGUGACUACUUUUGCUAUAGCAGAAAUGGAGAAGGGGGAGACAGUGUGCUUUGAAUUGCUGCACGGCUCUGUAGUGAAGCGAAGCCCACCUGGGACAACUAUGGGUGGACUCCUAAUAUCUAAAACUUGAAUAGUGACAUUUAUGUUCUAUUAAUCUCCUUCCAUAGAUGCAAUGGAUGCAUUCACUAUUGCUUCAUCUGUGAUGUAUUCAAUGCCACUGCAUGUGUUUAAACAUAGCACUACCCUA